CCGGGCGGGGCUCAACCUGGCGGCAGGAGUUUAGUCCCCGCGCUACGGUUCGCGAAGCUGUGCGUGUGCCCAGGGCUGCCGUAGCCGUCGAUCGGGGGCAUUAAUCGCGAUGGGGACAAAGGCAGACGUCGGGAGGAAACAGUUGCUUCUCUUCACCUCGGCCGUGCUGUGCUCCUUGGUGUGGGGCAAGGGUACAGUCUACACUUCUGAACCUGACGUCAGAAUUGCAGAAAAUAAACCCGUCAAGCUGCCCUGUACCUACUCUGGCUUCACCAAUCCCCGUGUGGAGUGGAAAUUUGUUCAAGGCUCAACUACAAGUCUUGUCUGCUACAACAACAAGAUCACAGCUUCCUAUGAGGAUCGAGUUACCUUCUCACCAAGUGGCAUCAGCUUCAGUACCGUGACCCGGAAAGACACUGGGACGUAUACUUGUAUGGUUUCUGAGGAUAACGGCAACAACUAUGGGGAGGUCACCAUCCAGCUCACUGUGCUUGUGCCCCCAUCCAAGCCUACAGUCAGCAUCCCCUCAUCCGCCACCAUUGGGAACCGGGCAGUGCUGACCUGCUCAGAACCAGAUGGUUCUCCACCCUCGGAAUACACUUGGUUUAAGGAUGGGACAGCGAUGCCUACAGAUCCCAAGAACAACCGUGCCUUCAGCAACUCUUCCUAUACUCUGGACCCCAAGUCAGGGGAGCUGAUUUUUGAUCCCGUGUCAGCCUCUGAUACUGGAGAAUACACUUGUCAGGCACAGAAUGGUUUUGGGUCACCCAUGAUGUCAGAUGCUGUACGCAUGGAUGCUGUGGAACUGAAUGUGGGGGGCAUCGUGGCAGCUGUCCUGGUGACACUGAUUCUCCUUGGACUCUUGAUGGGAGGCAUCUGGUAUGCCUAUAGCCGAGGCUACUUUGAGAGAACAAAGAAAGGGACCUCCAGUAAGAAGGUCAUUUAUAGCCAGCCUACUGCCCGAAGUGAGGGUGAAUUCAAACAGACCUCAUCAUUCCUGGUGUGACUCUGGUCUGGCUCCUCUCCUGUCCUCUGUGCUUGCCUUACUCCGGUGCUACUAGACUCUGGCCCCUGACAUCUGCAGUUUCACAGGAUGCCUUACAUUGUCUUCUACACCCCACCGGUCCCCCACUGUCAUCUUAGUUAGGAUGUGUUUUUUUUAAUAAUGUCAGCACGUGCCCCUUU